AUGGCAGUCUACAAAUUAUAUUAUUGGUAGUAGUUGUUCAAUGUAUAUAUUAGAAGAAGUAAAAAAGGAAACAGUGGUGCCCGUGCAUGAGGACAUGAGGUGGCACCACACAAAGCAGCAAUAAUAACACUGAAUGGGGCUUGUUGAUGGCAAGCAUAUCUGAAGACUCUGGUGAAGAAACACCACUACAGGUGGCACCACUACAUAUUUUUGUCAGGCUCGCCUUUUCGAUGCGCAAAAUGAUGAGCGAUAAAGCUCUGGUCAGGAGACUUUCUGCAUGCGAGACAAUGGGUUCUGCAACAACAAUUUGCACUGACAAGACUGGAACAUUAACUUUAAAUCAGAUGACUGUUGUUGAGGCAUACUUUGGUGGUGAGAAGAUGGAUCCUCCAGAUAACACUCAGAAGCUAUCUGCUGCUGUAUCAACAAUGAUUAUUGAAGGAAUUGAUCAGAAUACAUCUGUAAGCAUAUUUGAGCCGGAGCUGUGUGGCUUAAUGGUGGUGGAGGUCGUUCUGUAGACUGCCUCCAGUGCUCGUGUCACGGCAUUCACCGCCACCACUCCAGAAUGUUCACCAUCGCCUUACGAGUCCGUUCAACAAUGGAAGGGGCGUCGUGCUGCGGGUGGACGUGGUGUUGCGCUGGGGUCCUCGAUAGUUAGGGCUCCUUCAUAGAGGAGCACAUGCGGCGGCUGGUAAAAAUGCACGACACAGCGCUCCACUGGCCUUCCUCCUCUCGCUGGGAGGCUGUCAGCCUGUUGUUGACUCAUUCUGUGUGUGUUGGAAGAGAACUCACUCGUCCCAGCUGCUAAAUUUCUUGCAUCUGAGUGCAUCACAAAAAGUGGCAACAAGAAAUGGAUAAA